AUGGUAUGGAUACAUGGUGGACCGAAUACAAGUGUUUCUCUGAAAUAUAUUGUUGAUGUUAUUGCAUAUGUCCCAUUAGGUUUUGGUAUUCUUUUUGUCAAUUAUCGAGGUUCAAUUGGUUAUGGACAAGCUUCAAUCGAUAAAUUAUUGGGUAAUAUAUCAAAAAUUGAUGUUCAAGAUUGUCAUGAAGCUAUUCAUCGUUGUCUUAAAUAUACGGAAUCAAGUCGACAAGUUAUACUUAUAGAUGAAUCACAUGCAGGUGUAAUUAUUGGUCGUCUUAUUGGAAAAUAUCCAGAUGAAUAUGCAAUGGCUGUGUUAAAAAAUGCAGUUACUGAUCUUCUUCAUUUUUGUUCGAUAUCAGAUAUACCUGAUCGAGCUUUAGCUCAAUCGACCAAUACACAAUUUGAUUUUGAAACAGGACGUAAUUGUUGUUCAGAUACAUCAUUAAUUACAUAUCUUAUUGAAAGAUCACCAAUUCGUCUUAUUGGUCAAAUAAAAAUACCAGUUUUAUUACAAUUAGGCAAGAAAGAUAGACGCGUACCAUUUAAUAUGGGUCUUCGUUAUUAUGAAUGUUUGAAAGCAAAUAAGAUUUCAACAAAAUUAUAUGUUUAUGAUAGUAAUCAUACAAUUAGAGAAGUAUCUAAUGAUAGUGACUGUUUUGUUAACACAAUUGUUUUUAUUGAUGAACAUUUACGUUUAUCAUCAUAA